AAAUUCAUAAAAAUACAAUUAUUCUCUUCUUCAUCUUCCUUCUUUAUACACACACAUACACAAACAUUGUCCACCUUCACUGCUACGGUUGCCUCGUCUUCUAACCUUCGAUUAAUUAAAUUCACAGACCAGACGAGGAGGAGGAGGACGACGACGACCAAAACUCACAUCCCACCAAAAAAGGUUUGGAUAUCUCUCUUUCACCAAACCCUAUUAAUGAAUUUCUCAAUCAAUUUAAUCAAAAUUCCAGAAAAAUAAAUUCCUUAUCCAUUAAAUUAUUAUUUUCUUUUAAUUCUCUUUUAAUUCUCUUUUACUCUUCCAUUGAAUUAGAUCCGCAAACCAAAUAAUCAUCAAUCAAAUCUACACGCUAUAUAUUGUUUUUCGUUGCCCUAAUUCUGAAAAUAUCGCCCCCCUCCAACCUUCAGAUCUAAUCUUGAUCUGUUUUUAGCACUUAAUUAAGCAACCAGAUCUAAUUAAGAAGAUGGAUGACUUUCCCAGUUUAUUAAAUUUUGGUGUUAGACCACAAGGUAAAGCUGCUCCAAUGGCUGCAUCAAGAAGUACAUCAACAGGAACAACAACUUUAAAUAAUGGGAUCGGAUCAGGAGGUUUUAAUGCUUCUUCUUCGUCGAGAUCAGCAUGGAAUUCAAAUCCUGGUAAUUCUUUUGGCAAUGAUGUUUUCGGGGGUGGUGGUGGUGGUGGGAAUCAUAAGAUGAAUAAGGAUUAUGACGAUGUAUUUGGUGGUCCACCUAAGUAUACAACACCAGCAGCAGAAAGUUCAUCUACUUCAUUUGAUUAUGAUUCUAUGUUUCCAUCAGGAUCUACUUCUUCUACUGCUCAAGCUAGUAUAAACCCUAAUAAUGCCAGGAAUAAUAAUAAUAAUUAUGGUUCUUCUUCGCCGGUUUAUGAUAAACCUGUUUAUGAUGAUGAUAUCUUUGAAGGAAUACCUGGAUUAAAGACUACAUCGGCAUCUACCAAGUAUGAUGAUUUGUUCCCUUCAGUUACUUCUCCUCCUAAUAAUCAGGGAGGAGGUGGUCCUCUUUUUGAUGAUCUUCUUGGGGGUUUGGGUAAAACUGAACCGCAAUACAAUAAGAAUAAUAGUGGUAAGAGUGAUACUGAGUCUGGAUUUGAUGAUUUGCUUAGCAAUUUUGGGGCCGCCAGUCCACCUAAUGACAGGGGGACUUCAGAGACCAAUCAAGCACGACAACCUACUGUGUCUUCAGCUAAUGCUGACCCCUUUGGGGAUUUUGAGUCAACUGCUACCCCAGUGUAUCCAUCCACAGGGUUAUUCUCCGACCAGUUGGAACAAAAUAGCAAGCCCAGUAACUUCGGCAGCACAAAAGUGAACACUACACCUGUUAGUGGAGGAAUAUUUCAUGAUGUGGAUCCCCUUGCUGGCCUGGGAAAGUCAGUGCCCUCCUUUUCUUCUGACAUGAGUGAUAGAAUGAAGGAUCGGAGCCCUCAAAAGACAGGCACUAACAGAGCGAAUUCACCCGAUUUUGUUGGAAAAGAUUUGAAUGAAAAUACUUCCCACAAGAGGGUGCCUGGUGACAGUUAUCGGAAUUCUCAUCCAACGGUGACAUUCCCUACUAUUUCAGCAGAUUCAAAUAUAUUUUUCUUUCAAGUCUAUUAUUCUUUAUCUUCCAUGGUGUAUGCUAAUUUCAGUGUGCCAAAUACGCAGGUAGACAUGUCACUAAAACCAGAUGAAAAUUUGGAAGCGGCAGUUAAUGAGAUAUGGCUCACUGUCUCAGAAGUUCCACUUUUCACACAACCUACAAGUGCUCCACCCCCUUCACGACCUCCACCUAGACCAUCACAAUUCUCUAGUGGAACGAGGUCUGCAACCUCAAAGAAGGUCAAUGAGUACUCAUCCCAAAACUUCAGUCAAAAUUGGCAGAGUCCUAAAGGUGGUCCUGGUUCAGCAAAGAGUCCAGUAGUGUCUUCAAUUGAUGAACUUGAAGACUUCGCUAUGGGUAAACCUUCAAACAAUCCUGAUGAACAUGGAGACGCGCUCUCCAGUGAUGAAGAAUUAGAGAAGAACUCAGCCGCUGCAGCAUCUGCUGCAGCUAUGAAGGAUGCUAUGGAUAGAGCUGAGGCAAAAUUCAAACACGCUAAAGAAGUAAGGGAGAGAGAAAAUGCAAAGGCUGGUAGAGUCAGACUUCCUGGCCAGCAAGAAAGAGAUGAUAAAGCUACGCAAGAUGCCCAAGAACGUGAACUCAGAGAGAAACAAGAGAGACUAGAUAAUGAACGUGAACAGAGGGAAAGAGAACAAAGACAACUUGAAAAAGAAAGAGAACGAGCAAGGGAAGAUGAGAGGAACAGGGAAAAAGCCAGUGCUAGGCAAGCCGUUGAGAGAGCUACAAGGGAAGCACGUGACAGAGCAGCUGCUGAAGCUCGCCAGAAGGCUGAGCGGGUUGCAGUUCAGAGAGCUCAAGCUGAAGCACGUGAACGUGCUGAGCGGGCUGCAGUUCAGAAAGCUCAAAAUGAAGCACGUGAAAGGGCUGCAGCUCAGGCAGCUGCCAGGGCACAGUCAGAAGCCAAGGAAAAAGCUGCUGCGGUGGCGAGGGCUGAAGCCGACGUACGUCAUAGAGCAGAAAGAUCUUCUGUCGACAGAGCUAAUGCAGAGGCUAGACAGAGGGCAUCUGAUGCUGCAAGAGAGAGUCAGCAAAAGAAUGAAAAUGACCUUGAGUCGUUUUUUGGCAUGGGUAGUAGGCCUAGCAGCGCACCAAAGGCUAGGACUACGACGUCGAACUCUUCGUUCGAUGCACAAUUUCCAAGCAAAGCUGGGCCCGAAGCGCCUCAACGGUCAAAUCCUGGAACCUCAGGGAACAUAAGAAAGACAACUUCUGCAUCUAAUAUGGCCCAGGACCUUUAUUCAAUGUUUGAAGCUGCUCCGUCAUCGGGAGGCUUUCAAGAAAGAGAAGGUGAAAGUGAUGAAAGACGUAAAGCUAGGAUGGAUCGCCAUCAAAAGACCCAGGAGCGUGUGCUGAAUGCACUUGCGGAAAAGAAUGAGCGAGACCUUCAAAUUCAGAGGGAGCAGGCAGAGAGACAUAGAAUUGCGGAGACACUGGAUGCGGAGAUAAGGCGCUGGGCUGCAGGGAAAGAAACAAACUUGCGUGCGCUGCUAUCUACAUUACAAUAUGUACUUUGGCCUGAAUGCGGCUGGCAGCCCGUUUCCUUAACUGAUUUAAUUACUGGUGCUUCAGUCAAGAAAGUUUAUAGAAAGGCAACCUUGUGCGUUCAUCCUGAUAAGGUGCAACAAAAAGGUGCCAAUCUUCAACAAAAGUAUAUAGCAGAGAAGGUGUUCGACCUCCUUAAGGAAGCCUGGAACAAGUUCAAUUCGGAGGAGCUCUUUUAGAUAUCUUAAAAUUCUUAUACUUCCAAGCUCUACUCAGAUCAUGAAUAUGGGCCUAAACAGUAAUGGGAGGUAUGUGGCUGGUGUUAUCCUGUGCCAGACCACGUUAAGUUGCAGCUGGAGUGUGGUUGCGUAUCCCAUUCUCUAGAGGCUAUUGUUUCCUAUUAAAGCCAUGAUGCUUGCCGGAAAGGUAAAGAAUUUUCUUUAUCUCAAUAUUUUUGUUUUGUUUUUGAUGUUCUUGUAAAUUGGUGUGGUCCUGGGGGAUAUUUUGGGUUUUAUUAGAGCUCUUUGUCUCCCUCCGUCUUCCUGUUUUUUUGUAUUAAGUAAAUUGAAUUGGUCUGUUGAUGUAAAAUAGCAUUUACCCACUCCCCAGUUGUCUCACUCAUCAUCUAUAGCAAAAUUUCUGUUAGCCAUCCUACUCGAGUUUGAGUAGUUUUGUACGUGUCUAUUCUUUUUCUCCCCUUGGUUAUUAUAAUUUCGUCGCGAGAGGUUUAUUGGUUGAA